AUGAUCAUGAUUAAUGUUGAAGUAUUCGUCGUCAUUAUCGCAUCCGUCCAUGCUGCUAAAAAUUUCGAUUCUACAAAUGUAGUUUUCACAAUCAUAAGCCAAUCGGAGCCGUACCAUGCCAGUGUGGCGACCCGCCUGAAGAUGGACAUUGAAAAUCAAGUCUAUGAAUUGGAGGGGCGAGAACCAAGAGUCCAUAAAACACAUGAAGACUUCUCAGUGCCGGGUGCUUGGACUAUCCUACCUCUUCUCCGUCCUCUCCUCAACAAAUACAAGGACAGUGAUGUCCGAUGGAUAUUAUUCGUCGAACCGCACACAGCUGUACGAUGUGCUAAAUUGUUUGAAGCUCUUUCGGUAGCUGAUAAGCAAAAGGAAACAAUGUGGGUGGGAUAUCCGCUAAGCGAUGACGAGCCCACGAUUAUCCACCACUUCACACACUUCGAGGAACUAGAAGAUGACGGAGGCUUCGUCUAUCCCAACUUUGCGAGCGGUUUUGCUAUGAGACUGGUGUUGAUUGAAAGGGUUGUCGAUAAAAUCGAAAGUGGCAGUGCCCAGCUAGAAGCGGACUUCUCCAUAGACCCAGCAUUCGAGCUCGCCAGGUUGAUAUACGGGAAGGGAGACAACCCAGGACCACUUCUUACCCCAAAUCUGAGCUUUUGCGUCGUUUCUACAGAUAAUUGUGCUACUUAUCCAAGGCAGUUCGAUUCAUGUGGUAGUGUUCCCGAGGAGUCGGUGUACUUCGCUGUGAAGACCUGGAGCGGGUUCCAUUCCACUCGCCCCCGUGUUCUCAAGAAAACUUGGGGAAAACAUGUCACCAAUCUGCAUUUCUUCAGCGAUCAAGAAGACCCAACGCUACCGGCCACUAAUCUAGGCAUUCCAAAUACAAAAACCGGACACUGUGCAAAAACGGUCGCCAUUUUGAAGGAAGUCGUGCGAAGAGUACAGAAGAUGCCGCAAAUAAGAUGGAUAUUUUUGGUUGAUGAUGACACCAUUUUGGGUGUUCAGAGACUUUGCGAAGUCCUAAGCUGUUAUCGGGGUGGUGGUGACGUCACUGUGCUUGGAGAACGCUAUGGGUAUGGUUACGGCAAGAAAGACACUGCUAACAAAGGCUACGAUUAUAUAACGGGCGGAGGGGGCACAGCUCUAAGCGUCGGCGCAGCUAAAUUGCUCGCACAGUGCGCUUGCGCAUCCCUCGCAGCGCCGGACGACAUGACUCUGGGGGCGUGCGCUAUGCAUAGACUGCAUAUGUCAUUAACUCAUUCGCCGCUAUUUCAUCAGGCUCGACCACAAGACUACGCGCGAGAGGUGCUAGCCCGGGACCGCCCGGUGUCCUUCCACCGACAUUCCUCUCCAGAUCCCCUCAAGGUCUACGCUACUUGGUUCCAGCAUGAUGACCUCGCGCUGAAACAAAGGAGAAAGGAUGAACUAUAG